AUGGAAAAUCAUCAACAUGUUCAAGGUCUAACACCCGAAGAAUUCUCCGAACUCGAAUCCAUCAUAAAAAAAUACCACAUAUUCGAGCCUUCCUCAAACACAUGUUCUUCCAUUAUAACAUACCGAAUCGAUGCUCCCGCCAGCACGGUGUGGCCCUUCGUUCGAAGCUUCGAUAACCCUCAAAAGUACAAACACUUCAUCAAAGGGUGCAACAUGCAAGGUGAUGGAAACGUUGGAAGCAUAAGAGAAGUAACAGUUGUUUCGGGUCUUCCAGCAUCAACAAGCACCGAAAGGCUCGAGAUUUUGGAUGAUGACAAACACAUACUAAGCUUUAGGGUUGUUGGUGGCGAGCACCGACUCAAAAACUAUCGAUCCGUUACGUCGGUUAACGAGUUUAACAAAGAGGGUAAGGUUUAUACUAUUGUUUUGGAGUCUUAUAUCGUAGAUAUACCCGAAGGGAACACCGAAGAGGAUACAAAGAUGUUUGUUGAUACCGUGGUAAAGCUCAACCUUCAGAAACUUGGGGUCGUGGCUAUGGCUAUUUCAAUGCAUGGACAAUGACAAUUAAGAAUGAAUGCGUUGUUACUUGAAAUCUUCAAAGGGGUUUUCCCGUUGAUGAACGUCUCCUUGAGCCUCUAAGAUUGCAUAGUAGAGGAUUGUACUUGCAAAAUAGGCAAUUUUAUGCUUAUGUUAUG